GAGAAGCAGCCUGGAGGAGGCUGGCGACCAACAGCACCACCCUCUCCCCGUGGCUUCACUUCUGCAGGGGGCUAAAAGGUGGCAGCUGGCAUUGCUUGGCAUUGAGAAGAAGUACGAGUGCGCACGGGUGCGAGGGAAGUUGGUGCGCACUUUUACGCGCAGCCCUGCCUCGUCUCCGAGGAGGAUGUGAGCUCGUCUGCACGUGGCGGUUAACAAUAAAACGGGAGAAAAGAUGCACGCCACUGAGUUGCUGCUGCUGGCUUAUUUCCUCGUCAAAGUGACGGCGGAAGGCGAACCCCCGGAGCGCGCGGCGGACGAGCUGCUGCUGGUGAACGGAUACAACGAGUCGGCGGGAGCCACGGCCAGCGGCGUCACAGAGAGCCCGCACAUGGAGGACAAGUGCAGCGGCUACUACGACGUCAUGGGCCAGUGGGACCCGCCGUUCGUGUGCCAGACGGGCAACUACCUGUACUGCUGCGGCACCUGCGGGUUCCGCUUCUGCUGCGCCUUCCGCAGCUCCCGCCUGGACCAGACCACCUGCAAGAACUACGACACGCCGCCGUGGAUGAUGACCGGCAGGCCGCCGUCCAAAGUGGACGUGGCGACCGACAACGUCAAGGACAAGAACAACCUCAUCGUUUAUGUCAUCUGCGGGCUGGUGGCCAUCAUGGCUCUGAUCGGCAUCUUCACCAAGCUGGGGCUGGAGAAGACGCAGCGUCCAAACAGAGAGAACAUGUCCAGAGCUAUGGCACAAGUGAUUCGGCAUCCCACUUCGGAACAUACGGAUGAGAUGAGCUUGGGCCUCCAUUAUGAGAACAUACAAACCAGAAUGGCCAUCAACAGCUUCCACAGCCCCCAGAUGAACAACGCAACGCCAGCAUCGCCUGUGUUAACAGAACCGUACGCCAUCCUGGAACCGAUCAGCAGCCCUUACGAGCCCCAAACGUCCAUCCAGGACCUCAACAAGUAUGCCACGCUCAAGGCUGUCGCAGAAAAAGCCAAUGAAAGCUUCUACUCCAACCGCCGGCACGUGAUCGAGCUGACAGCCAAGGGCAGCCUCCCAAUGGAACCCAUGGACACCGAGUCAGAACCGUGCAAUCCCUACAGCCCACUCAGACAGACCUUGACCAAGCAGGGUGGACGCAAACACAAGAGUCCGAAGAGCCACAGUUCCCACUCGCUGUCUUACGCCUGCGCCACUUUAGCCAGCCCGGCGGCCAUGUUGAGGCCGUGGGAAAGCAAUGACAUGCUGGGACUGAGGCACAACUAUGGCCAAAAGACACUCUCUGUCGUGGAAAAGGAGCUUCACAACAGUCGCUACCUGCCUCCGCAGCCAUACUUUGUGACCAACAGCAAGACAGAGGUGACGGUGUGACAGGAACGGUUGAAAACAAAUGCGGUGUGACUGCGUGCGUUGGUGUCUAAUAAGACUAU